CUUCCAAAUGAAUCACCCUUUAGAGGCUGUCUUGAGAAGCGCUUGACAGUUCCUGUUCUUAUGCUAUAGAAUCGACUGUUUAACGAGUUUCAGUAGGCAGGCAUUAAUGCUUAUGUCACUCUGUAUAUACAUCGCCAAUAGUAGCGCAUCUGUUCUUCUGUGCCCCAGCCUCCUGCUAUGCUUAAUCAAUGAGUCGGGCCACACAAUAUAAAAGGGGCUCGUAGUAUUUGCCCCUGGCAGAAUACCUGUAAACAUUCACGCGUUUAGGAGCUCAGAAGUUAAACGCGAUAGAUCAAGCUAAGACCGAAGUAAUACAAAGCAAGUAUACUUCCUAAAGAUGUACUCCGUGGAAAGUCUUCUGCAAACAGAGAUUUCGCCCGGUGCGCAAAGUGCCAUGCGUUUUCCAUUUAUUUCUAACAGUGAUCAAAAUCUGAACUUCCUGAAAGGAUCCAUGGAAAAAAAGAGAAAGAUAGCAGUGAUAAAGAGAGACGAGACGGAGAUAGAAGACGAGAUCGCUAAACAAAAAGCGAAAAGACAAAAGAGGGAAGAACAUGGAGAUGAUGAUGAUGAUGAUGAAACUAAGGACAACAAAAACAAUUCAGAGACAUUCGUAGCAGUCAUUGCGCAGGCAAUUCUUAGUGUUCCUACCAGACGCAUGACUCUCAGCUGUAUUUACAACUUUAUUGCCAAGACAUACCCGCACUUCGACAAAGAGAAGGGUCCUGGCUGGCGUAACAGCGUGCGACACAAUCUUUCAAGCAACGACUGCUUCGUGAAGGCAAGUCGCGCGGAAAAUGGCAAGGGCCACUACUGGAUGAUACAUCCAAAGGAUCUGCCCGAAUUCUCCAAGGGGAAUUUUAGAAGACCACGAAAGCCUCGUAGACCCCGCUGUAUUCACGGUCUAGGCUGUUUAUCCGACAGAACAGUGCUAGCUUCGGCCCUCAACUCAGGAUUCUACAGUCCUUGCAAAUUCCCCGAAGUCGAGUUCUCAUUUCCACGCUUACCCGCCGGCUCAACAGAGCUCUACACGCGAUACGGACUUGGACCACGCUACGAGGAAACCAGUGGUCUCACAAGUUUCCCGACCUUUUCGCCUACUUCGCUUGGAUACGCUGGACUCUCGUGGUCGACUGAAGGCUCUGCAUUUAGAAACUAUGCGACUCUCUCUUCACCUGUUUACUACCCUUACGUUUACAUACCACGCACUGGAGAACAAUCUAUGAACUCGCCCCCAAGCAAGUAAUAAGUAUGAUUAUGACAUAAAUAUUAAAUAGUAAACUCCUAUUGAAGGUUCACGCAAAAGUUUUUAUUGACAUUUUGCGCUAAAUUGGGUUAGUGAUAGCUACAGAUCAUGAUGAGCUAUGGAACAUAAGAACUUACUAUAUAAAGAAGUAGAUAUCUCGGUUUGUUAACAGUCCUGUAAAUAGUAGGACAUAGCUACGCAAUACUUUUUACAUAGAUUUUUGUAUAAAUAGUUAGUUAAAGCCAUGGCACGUUAAUAGUGAAAUCAUUUUUGUUAUUUAAGAAGCAGCAUAUAUUCAUGUACAGACUUCCUCCAAGAGUUAUAUAUUUUAUUAGAAUAAAGGUAUUUUGCAUCCUUAAUGCGAUGUAGCACUGGUACUCUAUCAUGUUAACUGCCGUUUUACUGUCACGCGGGAAGUUUCUAGUUUGCGUAUGAACAAAGGCUUCCAUGGAAUUUUGCACCUUGGAAACAAACUGACGUAGGCUUUUGAAGAUCAUGAAAAAUGUCGUGAAAUUUCACAACCCUUAGGCAGCGUGGCCCCGUUAGCCUAAAUAGUGUUCUAGUUUCAUGUUCAUGGCGGUUUCUAGGUGAAUUGUAUUACCUGCUCUUUCCUUGCACUGUGUAAAUAUUGCACCAUAGAGAGUUCGCGCAUUUUCUAAAGGUACAUUCUGUAUACUUAACUCAAAUAAAACUUCUCUAAUCAAA